UCUGUCUCAAAAACCAAUAUGCACAGUUCUGAGCAACAACACCAGAGGCUGGCUUCUGCCUCUACAUGAAUGUACCACUCCCACACACACACACGCGCCCGCUCGCGCGGGCACACACAGGAAAGAUUCUAAUGAUAUAGAUUUGGCCUGGUAUUUGAUGUGAUAAUGGAAAGGCCUUAUGAAAAUGUGCUGUUUCCAGGCCAUUGAGAAGUAAAUCUGAACAGCCCCUAUCAAGUGUCAUGUGACACCAUGUUGAGCUUGGGAAGGAAAAAUCCUAAAUAAGGUCUUAAAAGGGGAAAAAAGAAAAUACUAUACAAAAAUAUUUAUUUCCCCCCCAAAAAUAUAUUUUAAGGGUAUUUUAGGUAUUUGGGGUAUAAUAUAGAAAUAUAAUUUCUAUAUUACAGAAAUUACUCCAGUGUGUGAGACAGAAGCAUUUCAUGCUCAAGUGUGACAAGAGCCUCAGAACAGAGAAGCCGGUGUGAGAAAGGAUGCUCUAGUUAACCAAGCAGGGUCAUUUCCUUAUGUUGCUUUCCUAACCUUCUGAAAGAGACAUGGGCCUGGGAAAGGCCAGACCCCAGCUUUUACAGAAGAGAUGAUUCACCAGACUGCUGCUGGAUCCACACCCAGACUGCAAGCUCUCUGGGUCCCCAUGCUCCCUGUAUUCCCGGCUGCCUGCUCCAGCUGCUGACAGGGCUGCCACCUUCUACAUCUCCAGUGUCAGGAAGAGGAAAGAAGUCUCAGAGCUUCCGAACCACUGCCUCUUGGAGGGAGCUAUUUGACCCAGGAAUAACGAUGGCUGCCGCCCCUGAAAGCUUCUGCAUCAACUUCAAGGAAAUGAUAUUUAUUGACAACACACUUUACUUUAUGCCCGAAGAUGAUGGAGACCUGGAAUCAGACCACUUUGGCAGGGAUUGCUCUACAACUGCAGUAAUACGAAAUUUGGAUGACCAAGUUCUCUUCGUUGACAGAAUCAAGCAACAACAUGUGUUUGAGGAUAUGACUGAUGCUGACAUAAGGGCUAAUGAGCCCCAGACCAGACUGAUAAUAUUUAUGUAUAAAGAUGAUAAAGUAAGAGGACUGCCUGUAACCCUCUCUGUGAAGGAUAAAAAAAUGUUUACCCUCUCCUGUAAGGACAAAAUCAUUUCCUUUAAGGAAAUGGAUCCACCUAAAAAUAUCAAUGCUACAGAAAGCGAUCUCAUAUUCUUUCAGAGAGGUGUUCCAGGACAUGAUAAGAUGCAAUUUGAAUCUUCACUGUAUAAAGGAUACUUUCUAGCUUGUGAAAAGGAUGGUGAUUUGUUCAAACUCAUUUUGAAAAAAAAGAUUGAAAAUGGGGAUAAUUCUGUAAUGUUCACUCUUACUAGCUUACGUCAAACUUAGGUAUUAAGUGUUUUUGUGUUCCAGAAAGAUGAUUGGAAUACAUGAGCCUUAGAAUAAUCCAUUAUGUGUUGCUGUAACAAAAUACCUGAGGCUGCAUAAUUUAUAAAGUAAGUAGGUUCACUUGUCUCAUGUGUCUAGCCCAAUUCCUACUUCCUGGUGAAUGGCCCUGACUGCAUUACAACAUGGAAGAUAAAGGGGAAGGGAUUAACUGUGCUUGAAUUAGUACACGGAUGAGCUUCACUUCAUUCAUCCUUUCCAAUGCCAGAGCCCUAGUAAUCCAUUCCAGUACCUCACCUCCUCAAGACGGUUAUACUGGGGACCAAGUUUCCAGCACACGUAUCACAGCAAAUCUGCUCUUGUGAGGGUAAAAUAAAUAUCAAUAAUGGCCUCAA